AGGCUUCAUACCGAAAUUCAGCAAUCAGAUACAAUUUCUUGUGGGAUUUGCACUGGUGUUUAAUUUUUUUUUUUUUUUUGACUAAUGGAGUAUCCUGGUGAAGCACAACCUCAUACAAACUCGACGGUGAUUACAUCAGAUACUUAUUCUCGAAAGCGUCCAAGUGAUGAUGACGACGAUUUUGUAAACCCGCCACCUGUUACAAUGCCGAUACAAAAGAUUGUGAAAAAGCAAACCAGAAUAGAAAAGCCAAGAAACGUGGAAAAUUCAUUAAGAUGUUUGAAUACCAGGUUCCCCCCGGAACACAUAACCAAAACCAUGACCUUGCUGAACAAAGAUCAACAAAGAUGUGUACAAUCUAUUGGAUUUGGAUCAGCUCUAAAUAUGCAGUUAGAAAAGCUACCUCGUAGGAUAUGUUACUGGGUCGUUGAAAACUACAACCCAACUAGCAAUUCCAUUCAUGUACAAGACCAAAGACUUUUAGUGACAAGGGAAAGAGUACACGAGGUAUAUGGGAUUCCAAUGGGUGACCUACCAAUGUCUAACCCUUCCAAAGCAAAUUCUGAAAAUAAGGUUGUCAAACUUUGGAAAUCCCAAUUUCCAAAAACAAUAAAAAGAAUACGGCUAACACAUGUUAUUGACAUGAUAGUAAAGGAUACAAAUGCCGGUCCAUUUUUUAUCAUGAAUUUUCUUGUGUUGUUUGUAUCGGUGAUGAUUGAGUAUUCAACGAUGUGGACUGUCACUACUACAAAACACCUUAUAGGACUCGCCAAAUAG